AUGGGGUAUAACAGUGAGGCGUACCGCGCCAUCGCCGACAUGUCGGCCCCAGUCGGGAUCGCGGCGGGCGCGCGGGACUGUGCAGUGGAGGUGUUCAUGAUGGAGGAGCGCAAGGGCAAGGCGCACCAUUACUACACCAAGGGCGCGGGGAAGAGCGGCGACGCGCUCUACGCGACGUGCCUCUACGUGGCGUGCCGCCGCGCGGACGCUCCCCGGACAUUCAAAGAGCUGGCGGCGGCGACGCGUGACGGGCCCGCGGCGAGGAAGGACAUCGGCAAUCUCAUCGCGCUCAUCGGGAAGCGCCUCGGGGACGGGGCUAGCGGGGAGAACAUGGACAUCGGCGUCGUGCGCGCGGCGGACUACGUGGAGCGGGUCAGCUCGCUUCUGGGGAUGGGGGAGGCCGAGGCGCGUGCCGUGCAGGAGGCCGCGUGGUGCGGAGGAUGCAGGACCGUCUCGACAUGCGGCGCAACCCGGAUUCCACCACCGUCGCCAUCAUCUACAUGGCCAUGGAACGCCAGGCCGGCGCCGGGAGGUCAAUCCGGGACGUGUCCGCGGCCACCGGCGUCGCCGAGAACACCAUCAAGCAUGCGUACAGGGAACUCUGCCCGCACGCCGACCUGCUCUGCCGCUGAACUAGGGAGACAUUAUUGGCUUUGCUUGUAUAUUUUUCCUUUUGGUUAUAGCUGA